AUGCAUAGUGGAGACGAUGAAUCACCCGACUCGCAGGAAUCGGGCUAUGGCGGCAAUCCUUCACUGGGAUAUGGCGGUUAUCCUACUCAGCCGUCGGGAUAUGGCGGCUAUCCUUCUCAGCUGUCAGGCUAUGGCGGGUCUCUGUCCCAGCCGUGGAGUUGGAGUCAAACCCCUCGUCGUGGGCAUCGAGUCCAAACCCUCAUCCAUUUCAGUCAUGGAGGUCAAGACGCACUGGAUACCAUGAUGGGGCUGCUCAGUUCCGGCAUCCCAAAUACGCCAGUUGCACGGGUGGAAACGCUCGUUCCGACCCGAAGGAGCGGCGGACGCGGUGGCGGUGGCGGAAGGAGCGGCGGACGCGGUGGCGGUGGAUCGGGAAGCGCCGGUGGCAGCUCCGGCAGUGGCGUCGGCAGCGGCGGUGGCGAGGGAAGCGGCGUCAGCAGUGGCCGUGGCUCAGGGAACAAACGGGGCAAGCUCUACACGAAAGCGGAGUCCAUUGCCGUGGUGAGGGCUUGGGAUGCCACACAUCGGACCCCAUAG